AUGUCGCCCGGCGCGUCUUCAGCUUCGGAGGACAGUGAGGACGAGGAAGAGCUCAAUGAGCUGCAGGCACUGCAAGAUGAGCUGGCAGCCCUACGCAGUGUACUUGGAGAAGCGUACAGAGAGGCUCGCCUGAGGCGGCUCUUGGAGUCCAUCGAGAGCGCGGCGUCCAGGAACGCAGAUGCAGAGGCGUGCGUGGCCGCGCUCCGGGCUCGCAAGCGGCAGGCGGGGGCGCUGCGGAGCGCCUCCAGCGGCCUGAAGGAGCCGGCCUUCCCGGUCCCAUCCCGGGCCUGGGCGGUGGGCGACGAGCCGCCGCCGCUGCACCCAGAGGCUGCCGUGCUGGCACCGGUGUACCGGUAUCUGCCUCACACCUUCCCGUCCACGGCGCUCUCCAGGGAGGAUGCCGCACGGCUCCGGGGUGCCGUGAUCCAGCUGGUGCAGGAGAAGCGCACCAAUGCCGUGCUGGAGGCCGUGGAGGCGGAGCUGGCGGCCGGCCAGCCCCUCACCCCCGCGGACAUCCAGGCUCGGUGCGCGGGCGUGGAGGCUUUGACCCUGGACGACCCUGGCGUGGAGGCGGCCACCCUGGCCUUUGACCGCGGCGACUGGCAGGUGGUCCAGCAGCGGGCGGGGGUCGCGUCGGGCGCGUCGGGGUGCCGCCUGGGCUGGGUCAACGGCCUGCGCCCCGGCCUGCGCCACGAUGCCUAUGAGCCGGAGGAGGACGCGGCUCUGGCAGAUGCCGUGGCCCGCCUCGGGGUCCACCAGUGGCCGGCAGUGGCGGCUGAGCUGGGAGGGAAGCGCACCGCGAUCGCAAGCCUGCGUCGGUGGCUGGAGCUGGAGAGGCGGGCCUCUUCGGCGCCGAGGAGUCAGGAGGGGGCGGCCGGACCCGUGCCUUCCGGCAUGGAGGCCGGGACGGCCGGGCCCUCUGCCGGCCCAGCGCGGCAGGGGGGUGAGCUGAGUCCGGACCAGCUCUCACUGCUGGCGCGGCUGAUGCAGCGCCACGGUCCUCGGUGGAAGAUGCUGGCGGAGAAGAUGGGGCCUGGCUGGGACAGGCAGAGCCUUAUGCACGCCUGGCGACGGCACACCCAGCGGGGCUCUUUGGGUGGCGGCACAGCCACGCCACGGAGGGGGAAGUGGACCGCCUCGGAGGACGACGCUCUGCAGCGGGCCAUCGCCCUGCAUGGCAAGACGUGGGUGGCUGUGGCAAGGCUGGUGCCGGGCAGGUCGGAUGUGCAGUGCCGCGAACGAUGGAUGAACGUGCUCAAUCCGGACGUGACCAGCACCGCUCCAUUCACUGCCGAGCCCAAUGGACGUGUCAAGUGGGCUGCCAUCGCAGCGCUUCUCCCCGGGCGAACGGACAAGGCAGUGGCCAUGCGCCAUGCCCGUCUCCUCAAGCGGGAGGCAACAGUGGAGGCUGGAUCGGGCAUCUGCCCGGGAAGCGAGCAUACUGAUGCGCCUCCCAGCUCAACACAGUCUGGCGACGAGGAUGAUGCCUCGCGGGCAGCCGCCGAGCCAGAAGCAGACUGGCGGCAGCACAGCGUGGUGUAUGAGCAGGAUGGCAGCUGUGUCAAGGAAACGCUCCUCACAGAGGUCGUGGCAUGGGAGGACGGGAGUGUCACCGGGCCGGGAGCUGUGUGGAAGGCGGUGUCCCUCUGA